AUGCCUUCCGAACGCGAACUCCAGAUCAGUCCAAUCGUCCCCGAGUCUAUGAUCCACAACACAAAGGCUCUUUCCAACCUAAACAGUCUGACUGCUUCCCUCUUCGGAGUCACUGCUGGAGUCCUCGGCCUCGAGUCAUAUUACGGUUUCCUCGUCUAUAUCGUCUUCUCCUUCAUCACCACUCUCCUCUUCUACGUCCUCAAGGUUGCCCCUGAAUCACUUCCCAAGGGUCAUGCUCCUCUUGAUCCCUCGCGAUACUUCCGAGGACUCUUCGAUUUCUGGGUUGGUGGUAUCUUCAAUGGUAUCUCAGGUUUUGUCUUGACGUGGACUUUAUUUUAUGGAUUGGUCAGGGCAUAG